AUGAUUGAUAAUAUUCCUGUAAUAUUUUGCUCUAGCCUUUCUUUGAUCGGACAGCUGCUUAUUGUUUUAUUGUUUAUGUACUCUUAAAAAUUAAGAUAAGGAUUGAUUCCUAGAAUCAUUCUAUAUCUGACAUUUAGUGGAAUACUUUAAGUAUUGAAUUUAUCAAUUAGACUAUUGGCAUUUUAUGUUCGAGUUUUGAGAAUCCAAAAUGUACUGUUUUUGCCACUUUUCGAUUGUACGGAGGAUUGA